AUGCAAUGUUUCACACGGGCAUUGGAAAUUGCAGUCUGUUUUGGAGCUCGAGCCAUGGGCGGAUAUCCGUGCUCGCUAACUGGACCUUUGAAUAUUUCCUUCCUUGUGUUGACACAACCGGUAGACCACAAGCACACCACCACCCACGUUGACAUCGAGCUUCCCCAUCGCCGUCACCACCACCACGAGCCUGCAGAACUUUACCAACGCCGCCGCUACGACACUGAUAUCACUGUCGAGCUCCCACACCACCGCCGUCACCAACACGAGACCGAGAUUGACUUUUCCGAACGUCAAUAUCGAUCCAAGUUCCAGCCAGGCUACCGUGAAGAGGUCCGUAUCAACGAGACCACUGUAGACCCAGCUCCUCGCUUCCAAGCCACCUACCGCGAAGGCUCUCGUGUCGCCGGUACCACUGUCGACCCUCCACGCUUCCAAUCGGAACACCAAGCUCAAUCCUACGUCGGUGGAACCACUGUUGACGGUCCAAGCUUCAAACCCGCCUAUCAACAACAAACUCGUGUCGACGAGUACACUGUUGACGCACCUCGCUUCUCAGCUCCCCGUCACGAAAAGGUUCAUAUCACAGAAGAAACCGUCGAAGUUCCUCGUUAUACAUCAAGCAAGAUGGGUUACUACGAUGAAGAUGGACACUACCACUCCUUCAGACACGGUCUACACCGCGCUGCCGACCGUGUCUUGGGACGACACCACCACCACCACCAUGGUCAUCAUGUCCACCGUCCCCAAUCUUCACACUCCCAACAUUCCCACCAUUCCCAACCAUCAUUUGAACGUCGUGAGGAGAAGGUUGAGCUAACAGUAGGACGUGAACCAGCUCCAGCUCGUGCCUCUGCCCCAGAGCCAGCUUACUCCCCAAACACUGUCACCAUUCCCUGCCACCACAUCCGAGUUGGUGAUCUCUUGAUCCUUCAAGGUCGCCCAUGCCAAGUUAUCCGCAUCACCACCUCGUCUGCCACUGGUCAACACCGCUACUUGGGUGUUGAUCUCUUCACCAAGCAAUUGCAUGAAGAGUCUUCUUUCAUCUCCAACCCAAGCCCAAGUGUCAUUGUCCAGACCAUGCUCGGCCCAGUCUUCAAGCAAUACAGAGUUCUCGAUCUCCAAGAGGGCACUGUCGUCGCUAUGACCGAGACUGGUGAUGUUAAGCAAGCCAUUCCUGUCAUUGAUCAAUCCAGCCUCUGGUCCCGCCUAAAGGAUGCCUUUGACUCUGGUCGCGGUUCCGUUCGUGUCUUGGUCUUGAGUGAUCACGGUAGCGAGCUUGCCGUUGACAUGAAGGUCAUUCACGGAUCCCGUUUGUAA